GUGUGUGUGUGUGUGUGUGUGUGUUUGUGUAAGAAACAAAAACUGAAGAUUUGACCUGAAAAGUUCAAACUCCAAGGCGGAGGGAUCGCGGGCGAGGAGGUGGGGGGAGGCGUGUUUCUUGGAGUCGGAAAAGGGCGUGACGACCCUGGGUAAGGGGAGGGUGGACUGUCUGUCAGCACCCUUGGGUGAGUUGGUCUUGGGCAGUGGACGGUGACGUCGAGCUCGUUGUAAUUCACCUGCCUCACCAGGAUGGAUCACCGCCCACGUUCGCAGCCACCAGUCCCGGGCAACUCCAACAUGGCAUUGGAGCUGAUUUUUGACUUCGACGGCACAAUCACGGAGGCCGACAGCAUUGCGUCUGUCGUUGACGCCGCCCUGAGUCACCACAAAGCCUUGUCCCCCACCGAGACUUUUGCAUCCUUGACUGAUGCCUGGCAUCACAUUGUCAGGUCAUACCUGGCCGAACUUGAUUCCUACCACGGGAUUCUGGACUCUACCGUCCUGGGUCAUCAUCACCCGUCGUCUCUACAAGUCGCCAAGGCCCAGUUCUCAAAUGGCCAACGCCGCCGCAUCGAACAGGCCUCGCUGUUGCGAGUACAAGACGCCGGGUUGUUUCGUGGCGUCCCGCUCCAACACCUUUACCGCUGCGGCCAGGAGCACGUAGAGAAACAGAUCAUCAAACUCCGCAAUGGCUUCUCCGAGCUCAUUGAUCUCGCACGCGGCCCUUCUUCGAUGCACAGCACGAAGGUGCUCUCGGUGAAUUGGUCUGCUACGUACAUCAGGGGCGUCUUGACCCGAGUGGGCACCUUGCCCGUCUUUGCGAACGAGACAAACCCGGUCGACGGCUCCAUCAUGGCUGUCCCAGCUGCGUCUGCUGACAUCGCCGCGGCUGCAUGGCCCAGCGUCCUGACUGUUGGCUCGGACAAGUUGUCGGCUCUGCGAUGCCUCCGACGGCAGCAUCACGGGGCCAGCACAAACAUCCCGCCUGAGAUUGUCUACUUUGGUGACUCGACUACCGAUCUCGAAUGCCUUCUUGAGUUUGGCGGCAUUGUGAUCUCUCCAAGGGCCGAGACAGUACAACCACCCGGCAACAUGACCUCGGAUCCCAGUAGCAAGGCAGUCAUGGGAAGCGACCUCCUUCACGUGCUACAAACAACGUUUAGAUACAGUGUCCCUCAUGUCUCCCAGUACAAGGACGAGCUCGUCUGCUGGGCUCGCGAUUUCGCCGAGGUAGUGCACAGCAAUUUCCUACAGAAACGGGCGGCCAACGUGCGGGCGUGAGUGGCAAGACCAGCCUCGUCGGCGAUCGAUUUCCACCCGAUGCAGAGCAUCAGCGUGCCUGUGGCGGGUUCGGGCUGAGUGUCCAAAUCGGAUAAGGAAGCUACCAGGUUCGCAAACAUCAAGGAGCAAAUCUCUGGGGCCAAGACUGGGCUACGGAUGGGCACGAGAAAUAAUAGGGGGAGCCAAUACGGGUGGAUGGCAUCGGAACGUCCAGUCCACCAAGCAUCAGUUUCUAAGCAACAGGACGGUAUGGCCUGCCCAUCCGGCCAUUCCUACCGGCAUGUCUUGGAGUGAGUACCUAGGUAAUCGAAUCGCCAAUCCUGUCCGUCCUCGAAGUCCCGGACUUUUUGCAUCAGUGACCAUGAAGGAUUGGUGCAUUUUGCUAAUCAUGGCACAUGUUCCUGUGAAUCCUUGGUGUGGACCCCCCUACCCAACACUGCUUGGGUGACUCAUUAAUGCACGGCACGCUUCUUACCAUGAGCAUGCCUUGUCAACCGCCCAAGUACAUGCUUCGCUCUCAACGACCUGUCCCGCCAACACAGACAUGCCAUGCCAAAUCGAAC